GGGCGGGCGCUGCGGUCCAGCCCGGCAGGUGAGGUUGCUCGGCAGGCGGGAGAGGCCAGUGAGGUGGCCCCGCCGGGCAGUGAGGUCGGCGGAGCGGCGGCGGGUGAGGCAGGUGAGCUGGGGAGUCGGGACCGCCGGCGAAGCCGCGGCGGGCGAGGCGGAACCUAGAGGCAUGGGUUGGAGUUGGCGUCUCUCCCCGGACCUGACCACAACCAGCAUCAUGCAGUUACUAACUGCUCCUCUCUCACGAAUUGAUGCCGCCCCGGAAAAGACGCCGCCCACCUUCCCGGAAACCUCAGCUGCUGUUCCACCAACGGCCACUGGAGGGCCCCAAACACCGCUGUGGAUCACCCCAGCUUCCCAUCACCCACACCAGACAGGUGCCCAGCAAGCCCAUUGACCACAGCACCAUCACUUCCUGGGUGUCACCUCAGUUUGACACAACAGCAGAAAGCUGGCUCCCAGACAAUCAGAAACGUCGUCACCGAGACCAGGCAAGGCGUUCAAGUCGAAAAUCUGCCAGCUCCAAGUUUCCGCAUUUAGCGUUUGAGAGUCCACCAUCUUCUGCCAGUUCAGCCACACUUGGGAUCCCCUUGAUCAGGGACCACCCCAGUCAGCCAGAAAAGGACAUUUCCAGGAGGCCCUUAGUCCCACUGCUCAGCCCCCAGAGCUGUGGGGAGCUGUCAGCACAGGAGCUUCAUAGCUUCCCUUAUGUGUUACUGCCCCCUGAUAUCCAGACGCCAGAGUCCUUGAUGAAGGGCGGGCUCAUUCCCUCGGAGCAGAGGGAAAACAGCCCCCCCAGCUGCUCCCUUCCCACAAGUGUGCCCGAGAGCCCGGAGCCCGGGCCUGUUCUGGUUGAAGAUACCCCUGAGGAGAAGUACGGGUUAAAGGUCACCUGGAGGAGGAGACGACACCUGUUCACUUACCUCAGGGAGAGGGGGAAGCUGAGCAGAAACCAGUUCCUUGUGAAAAACUGACUGGAUUUCUCAGACGUCAGUGGUCUCAAAUUGCUGGUUUUCAUGGAGUUGCUCAAGUCACUUUUCUGGCUCACAAGAGAGUGUGUCAAUAGAAUAACUUGGAAAUAACACCAAUACCAUCAGGAGAAAAAAGAUACUUUAACUAGAGCCCUGAAGCCAUAAAAGAAUUCAAUUCCCAGAUUUGCUUUUGCAAAAGAGCUUGUGUCAUAAACAGUUUUUAGUGUCAGCCACAGUUCGCUUCUUAUUUUUCUUGUAUUAACUGUUUAAAAUUUUUAAAUAUCUUAUGACUGUUUAAAAUAUAUGUAAAUAUAUAGCUGCAGAAACUUUUUAGAGAACCCUGCUUCUGUCACUAAUGCAGCACUAAUGCAGCACUACAGCCCCCUCCCAUGAUCUCUCUUAAUUGUUGCCUUUAACCACUACUUAGUCAUUCUUUUAAUUAUGUCAUUUAAAUUGAAUUCAUUCCACAUGUUUGAAUACAAUUCUGUGGGGCUCAGCGACCGCUUCCUCUGACCUGAUGCAUGGGAAGCAAAGUGACUUUAUAGUUAAGCUGAUGCCUCUGCAGUCUUGGCCCAUCUGCUCAAAGGGCAAGAUGCUGAACAGGCAACUAGCCUGUUUAAUGAAUUGGUGGGAUCAGGGCAAUAAAGGGGACAUAGUUACCUAAGGUUGCUGUUCUGAUUUUUUGUUUCCAACUGAAGUAAUCUGUCAAUAUAGGAUAGGGUGGGAAAUGACUUUUUGUUGUAACUGUUUAAAAUGUAUGUAAAUAAAUGUUUUCAAAUACUGC